AAGCAAGUGGGAAGCCAGAGCCAGUCUGAAGUUCGCGGGUCUCUCUCGAUUCCACGAAACCAUGGAGACGGAUCUAUAACACCGACGCACAUUCGAGUACGGUGAAGUACCGGUUGUACAUACAUGACCUCAACAAUAACCCCUCGACCCGGAAUAUGUCUGUUUGAAAUACUUCCGGUCACUGUAGGGCCCGACGUGCGAAUGGAAUAAGUUUAUGAGAGGGAUCUUUUUAUUGUGGCUACCGCGGAUUACCAUGGCGGUGGAAGCGCUCUAGUCGAUAGCACAGUCAGCGGGGACCUACAAUUGAUUUUAGUUGAGUUCUCACGCCCGCCGUAACAGUGGCUGAGGGGCUGCCUGUACGUAGCAUGCUCGGCUUUUGAAGCGAGAGUGUUCACUCCGUGCUGUGUCUUCGUGCUGCUUGUAUCGGAUGGGAUUACUAUCGAGUGUAUUUGAGGGAGAAACAGUUGACAUCAGAUUAAGGUAGCUGGCGGACGAUGUGUACUGUGAAGCCAGACUGACACAGUGGGCGAGUAGCGGUGGGCGAGUAGCGGUGGGCGAAUAGCAGUGGGCGAGUAGCGGCGAAUCGAGCCGGUGCGAUGGAAGCGUGUAUACUGUUUGUGUUGGCGGCUGUGAUUGGUCAAUCGCUGUGCCAGUUACAAAAUCAACCAAUCAACGGACAAGUUGGAAAUCAGAACGGAAAUUAUUUAAAUGUCAAUGGUGGAAACGCUGGUAACCAAGGCAACCAAUGGAAUAACGCCCCACGACUUCAGGGUCAGCAGCAGCAGCAGAACCUCGUGAAACAGUUUAAUCAGAACGUGGACCAGUUUGCUCAACAGAACUUGGCAGGGGCUGCCGCACGGCCCCAGAACAACAAUAACAACAACAGGAACUUCAACAACAUUAAUAACCAACUACCAAUUAAUACAGGGGUAAUUGGAGCGCAAGUAGCAGGAAAUAACCCGAAUCUUGGAAAUGUUCCAAAUGUAGCAUCCAAUCAGAAUCAGUUUAAUGCAGGCCAGGGUGUUCAAGGUAACAACGCGCCUGGGGCACUUGGGUCAGUUGUCCAACCAGGAUCCAGCAACAUUCAGGCUCGAGUACAGAACGAGGCUCAUGUAAAUCAGCCUCAAGCUGUCGUCAAUGGUGCUCAAGGUCAGCAGGUGAACCAGCCAAACCAGUUCAAUCAACAAAAUCAAGCUAAUCAGCCGAAUCAGGUCAAUCAGUUGAAUGCAGGUAAUCAAGGUAAUCAAGCCAAUCAGCCGGCUCAGGGUAAUUCUCAGGUCAGGGAAGAGGUCAAUGUCCCUGCUGUGCAAACAGAAGCUCCACAUGUGCAGCAAGACACCGGUGCUGGUCAAGGUCAAAGUGACAGAAGAGCAGACACCAUAGCAGAGGAUGACAGACAGAGGUCAGCAAGGUUGGAACGACCGGUAGAGACCAUAAAUGACAACAACCAAAAUGGUGUCAAUGGAGAUCAAAGAGGCGUAAUCAAAAACGUGGCUGAUGGCGUUAAUCAAAACAACAACCCACAGCCUAACACCUUCAACGCCAACAAUAACGCCGGUGGAGCAGGAUAUCAAAACUUCAAUGGCGGGGGCGUCAACAUGAACGAUCAGGGCCGCAACUACCAGCAUCAGCAACGUGAAAUAGGGGGCAUCAGACUGACAUGGGACUGGAGCGACUUCGCCAUCACCUUCGACGACUAUGGCGGGGCGGAGAUGAAGGUGAGGCGCGCCCCGCACUCCACCACAGGGGAACCCUGGCCGUUACCCCAAUACUACGUCAAGAAAGAGAAGAGGGUCUAUAAACUGGACAAGGACCUGUUUACGUUCAAGGUGAUCGGAGAGACUUGUGACAUCAUUCAGGAGGCCGUCGAGAGGUACCGUACGCGGGUUCUCGAGGAUGCUGUGGAGGACAUGUACGACAAUCUACAGAACGCCCCCGGCACCAACAUCGACGACCCGGCUUUGAAGUACGACAAGGACAUGUACACGAAGGCUCACGUCAUCGCUAAAGUUGACAUCAAGAUUCGAAAGCCGUGCCAGAAGUUCCCGUCGGUAGACUCCGAUGAAUCUUAUGAUCUGGUUGUGAAGAAGGCACGAGCAUUCAUCUGGGCCAAUGAGGUUUGGGGAGCAUUGCGAGGCCUGGAGACGUUUAGUCACAUUGUUUGGCGGGGACUAGAUGGCGAGGACCCGGAUGACCGAGCCAAAAAUGCCAAUUUGUUCGUGAAGGAGACGGUGAUCAGCGACUACCCAAGGUUCCCCCAUAGGGGGAUUCUCGUCGACUCUUCCAGACAUUUCUUCUUCAAAGAGACAAUAUUUGAUAUUUUGGAUGGGAUGGAGCAGAACAAGAUGAAUGUUCUGCACUGGCACAUCAUCGACGACCAGUCCUUCCCCUACCAGAGUGAAGUCUUCCCCGAACUCAGCCGCAAGGGUGCGUUCCAUCCAACUUUUGUAUACACCCAGAAGGACAUUGCGGAAAUUAUCGACUAUGCCCGAUUCCGAGGAAUUCGAGUAAUGCCCGAGUUUGACACACCAGGACAUACCUACUCCUGGGGUCUCAGCCGACCUGACCUCUUGACCCAGUGCUACCAGGGCGGGUCUCCAGUGAAGGGCUACCUUGGGCCAAUUGACCCAACCAAGAACUCGACCUACAAGUUCCUGAGAACCCUCUUUGCCGAAGUCUUGGACACGUUCAAGGACCAGUACAUCCAUCUGGGCGGAGACGAGGUUCCACUUGGGUGUUGGCAAUCCAACCCCGACGUUGUCAACUUCGGGAUGGAGUUGUCGAAGCAGCAGCCGGAGGGUUCGCAGUCGACCUACAACGGAUACUACUCCAGUCAGUUCGACGUCAGGAAGGUCUACGAGUACUACGAGAACCGGAUCAUGAAGGACCUUCGCGAGAUCGGCAAACAUCGCAAAGAUGGCGUCAAGUUUGUCAUGUGGCAGGAAGUCAUGAACAACGACCUACAGCUUCCCAAUGACACCAUCAUUGAAGUUUGGAUGGGCGACAUGGCCGACGUAAACCGCGCCAUCUCUAUGGGCUACCAGGUUGUGUACGCCACGUGUUGGUACCUCGACCACGUGGAAUACGGCACCAAGUGGCCAAAAUACUACCAGUGUGACCCCGCUGACAACACGUUCGGUUACAUGAUAGACGAGAAGAAAGUGCUGGGAGGCGAGGCCUGCCUGUGGUCAGAAUACAUCGACAACGAAAAUAUGAUGACAACAUUGUGGCCAAGGGCUUCAGCUGUGGCAGAGAGAUUAUGGAGCGCGAAAGAUGUACGGGAUCUGGACACAGCGGGAGCAAGACUGAGUGAACACCGGUGUCGAAUGCUCAAUCGCGGACUAAGCGUUGCGCAAAUCAGCGGUCCGGAUUACUGCCUGAAGCGGGGAAUAGGGCGGAGCAGAGACAAGUAUCGCACGAACUCCACGUGCACGAGUGGGCGAUGCGUCAAGUCACGUGAUGGAACGUUCGUAGAGAUGGACGACAUAGAAGUUCGUCAGCCACACAGGCACAUGAAAGUGCCAGAGUGUCCCAAGCAGGUACCCGCCCAAGGGGGUUUGCUGAUAUUCCUGGGCACCGCCCUGAUCAUAUUGAUAGCCGUGGGCGUGGGGGUGAAGUCGACUACUGGCCGUCUGGCCCAGGCCCGGAUAUGCAAGAACAGAACUAUCCUUAUUCUAUUUAUAAGUGUACUCUUAAUAUAUUUCAUGUGUUACACGUCAAUAUGGAUGCAAGUGUUUGACUUUUCCGGAUCAUUUCACAAGAGGCAAGAUAGUGACUUGACAAACGAUAAGCACUGAUGAUCUAUAUGAGUGGUGUCAAGAUGUGCACUUUCAGACAGACAAUUCGACUGUCGUGUUCUAGAUAAGGUGGAUGUGCAGGAUGGGACGUAAUCAAAGUUGAUUUGCACAUACAGGAAGCUCGUAAUUGAUAUCAAUGUGGUGUCAUACGAAAGCGGAUCUGAUGCUUACGUGCACUGUGAUGAUGAUGAGGAGGAGGGGGAGGAGGAGGAGCAUAAUACAGUGGCGCGUGGAUUCGUGCUUGUUUACAAAUGGACUUGUGAGAGGCGACGAUUCGUUGGAGGAACUUUUAACCAAUGGGAAAUUAGCCUCGAUAUCGAGUCACAUGAUUGUCAUGUGAUCAUUCACAACUUGACUGGACCACGUUAUGAACAGGAUGAUGUUGAUUGUGAAGAUGGUGAUGAUGAUGAUUAAGAUGAUGAUGAUACAACCUACAUUUUCAAGCUGUAAUUUGUAAUUUAAAUGUGUGAAUAUUGUAGAAAUACCUUUUCAUAAAAGGUUAAUAUUGCUCCAGAUUUUCAAAAGGAUUAUUCUUCUAAUGUGAUAACGAGUGUUUGAAUUGUACAUAGACAGCAUGCUCUCAUGACAUGCACGUGCAUUCCGUGAUAUGAAUGAGUCUCACGUGCGUGUAUCAAUCAUGUCCGCAGUGUGAGUGAAUGUGACGUGCGUCCGCGUGAGUGCUGCACGUGCGAGUCUGACGCCAUACAUCUUCUCAUCGAUUGAACUGAAGUGAACUGAAGAUGUUUCCAUGGUUUAAUAGGUAAACCUUUUAUUUUUCUAUUUGCUUGCUCGGCUAUGAAAUGUGACUUGUAUAUUAACAGCGUCGCUCAUCAUUUUGAUCGUUUCCUGUACACAGGUAGCGUUAGUGUUAAAGGGUUGUCCCGACUUGAAGCAUACAAGGCAAAUGUUGGAUGUCUCCUUUUCGACUUGGCAUGGUGGUCAAAGCAGUUUCAUUAAAUCAGGUGUCCAUUGAAAAUAGACACAUGACAGUGUGUCAAGAUGUGAAUAUCUUCAAUACUUCAUAAAUGAAAAAAUCGUUCGUAGGAAAUUAAACGAGAAAGUGCUUAUCUAAGGGAGGUAACUCCACUUAACGUUAGCGUUCGCUGAUGUUGGUAUUAGCAGGUGACUCUUUUCAAAACCAACCCAGUUUGCAAGUGCUAAAUUCACUGUAAUGUACAUACAGGGCUUUAUUUAUACAUGUUUGUUUUAGAGCGGUUAGUAGUGUGAAGUUUUAUGAAUGAAAACUGAUGAGGCAUUUUAAAGUUUUAAUGAAGUCGAAUUUAACUAUGCAAGUGGAAGAAACUUACACAUGAAGACAGUGCCAGCAUUUUGUAUCUGUGGAAACCCAAAUUCCAGGAUUCUUGUCAUGUUUACCGGAUUGUGAUUCGGGUUUAAUGUCUGUUGUAGAGUCGUUUUUGUUCGUUGCCAUGCCAACGCCGCAUUCAAAAGUUCCGGCAAUAUCAGCAAAACCUUUCAUGGUGUUCAAACAUUCUAGUUCCUUCUUUUAAUUUGAGACACCAAGCAAGUCCCGUUUCAUGUGUGAAUGUUUGUAGAUAUUGAAGAACUACGAUUUGGAUAUUUUAUUUCGAUGUAUGAUUUAUUACAGAAAGUAUUUCCCUGUCCAAGAGGCAUUGAGUUCAAUUUAUCAAUCAAAUUUUAUAGUCAUCGUCAAACGAUUCUUUUUAAAUAAAUAUUUUAUGAAGCAUCGGAGGAACGUGAACGGGUUGGAUUCUGUUUGAAAUUUGUUCUGAAUUUUCUGGUCGAAUGACCUUUAUAAGAAAACAAGUUAUUAGAUUAUAGUGUAUACUUGAUGUUGCUUUGUUCUCAAAUCGUGUAGUAACCUUUGAGGAAUACUCGCGUGUUGACACACAUCUUACAGUCGUAUUAUUGAGCGUUGUUCUUAUCAGACGGAGGGGGUGCGACUUUCUGUGUCAGCUGAUAAUGAUCCUCCUGUUCUGUAAUUGUGUACUGCACCUGACGGUCAAAGUGUCCGGCCCUCAACUUUCUUUCGUUCACUCUCUCACACUCUGAAUCAUUGUUUCACCAUCAAUUGGCUACAGACCAUUACUGAAUGUAUAAAUGUAGUCUUUAAAUAUAUGAACCACGUUAUAUAACUCAAUUUUCACAUGACACUUGCUGACGAUGUUUAGGCUAUUUCAUAGGAAUGAUUCCUGAUAACCAUGACAGAUGAAAUGUGAUCACAAGCUUGCUUGUUAAUUACGUUUUUUGUUUGCUGUUGGCGUCAAUGUUAUCAAUGCUGUAUUAUUAUAAGAGAGUGAGUUACAUCUUACACCGCUUUUAGCAAUAUUCCAGCAAUAUCGCGGCUUCCAGCAAUAUCGCGGCUGGGAUCACCAGAAAUGGGUUUCACGCAUUGUACCCAUUGGGGAAUCGAACCCGGGACUUUGGCGUGACUAGCGAACGCUUUAACCACUUGGCUACCCCACCGCCGAUAUUAUUAUGAACACAUCGGCGCAAUAGCCAGUGCGUGAUUCUUAGGUAAUGUUAUAUGUACCGGAAAUCUGUACUUUACUUGGUGUGUAAGGGAACCAAUCCCAACCAGAGGGAUCUUAGUAUUACUUCUGCCGCGAUUAAAAUAUCUGUGCGCUGGGACUUUGUCGUUACUAUGUAACCACAGCAUGAUUUGAUUGAUAAACUGGUACAGCUGUUGUAAUGCGCGGUCGCAUAGGUGUCAGUAGACGGGAGCCCAGUAUAAACGGUGAUCCGUUCUUCACCCUCUUUUUAGAAACUGAUUGACUGUGUUCAUUAUUUGGAAUGUAUAUACUUGUAAUAUAUAAGGAAUCCGAUAUAUGAACAUUUUCUUGCAUUGGGAGACUGUAUGAUUUAUUUAGAUGUGUGUCUGUAUGUUCGUAUGUAUAAUCAAUGAUUGCAUUGUUUCGCCGAUCAUUUACCGACAUAAUAAUUUGUGAAAUUAGUGUAAUAUCUUAUUCUUAAAAUGUAAGAACAUCAGAAGGAGCUUUUUUAACAAAGCUCAUUCUCAGUGUAUAUAGGUCACUCAACCUAUUAUGGUUGCCGCCAUCUUGCUUAACGUAGAUCUAUCAAAUAGCAGUGGGAAAUCUCCGACAUUUCACGAAGGCACCCGAGUUGAGAAGUCAUUUUGCCUUCCUUCAGUGUCAAGAGGGUCUUUCUCAGUCAUUCAAACAUUCUUUCGUGGACAUACCUGUAAGCCUACCAGUAGAAAAAUACUCUUACCAUAACUUGUACUCGUCCGGCAAGGUGAUCCCUUAAGACACCAAUCGAUUUUUCUCCUACUCCGAAAUGACUCCGAACUAUUUAAAAAAGUUCACAUUCGUCACCACUCGCGCCUUUCCGUAACCUGCAAUUAGUCAUUCGUCUUGUUCCGGGAUGACGCGAGGGAUCACGAAUGUUGGAUACAGUUUUAGAAGAUGUUUUGUGUGUUCUUUUCAGAAAGUGGACUAAAACAAGAUUCAAUGCCAAAUAUGGAAAUUAAUAUGUCAUAAUAUUUUCUAAUUGUUUGCAUUUAGGCUCCGGUGUGUCGAAAACAUCGGUACCGUACGGGUUUCUACAUUUUUUUUCUAUUUAUCUGCUGUGUAUCUGAUCAUACCGUUAGUUAUUUAACUAUGUCUGUCUUUAGUGGCUGGUGCCUUCUAGCUUUCUGUAGGCACCUGUGGUCGCUCUUUGCUUCAUUCAGCGAGACUGGCAUUUCACAACUUCACGAGUCCAUACGAAUUCUCUCUGCAUUUUACAUAUAUCUUGUUUUAUUCAGUUUCAAAAUCAUGAAUAAAAUGUCUCAACCAUUA